AAAGAGAGACAGGGUUGGAGAGAUACACAGAAAAGAAAAAAAAAUGUGCAGGCCGCAUGGCAUUCACGUGCUAGUCUUAUCGUAUGCAGUACAAAGCCACAUUAACCCGAUGCUCCAAUUUUCCAGGCGCUUAGCUUCAAAGGGUCUCAAAGUCACAUUCAUAAUCCCCAUCUCCGCCAAGAAGUCACUCAAUUUGGUGAAUUCAAGCUCCAUCGAUGUGGUGUACAUUCCUGAUGGAUCCGAUGACGUCGAAAGGGAGAAACUAAGCUUCGACGACUCUGUCGCACACUUUCGAGUCUCGGUCGUGCAGAGCUUGACUGAUUUUAUCCAGAAACAUCAGUCUCGCGAAGAGAAGCCCGCGAAAGUACUUGUCUACGAUUCCUUCGUGUUUUGGGCUUUGGACAUAGCAAUACAACACGGCAUGCAUGGAGCUCCGUUCUUCACGCAGUCGUGCGUCGUUGGUUGUAUUUAUUACCUGAUUCACCAAGGAACGGUCAAGCUCCCAUUGGAAGCUGCCCACGGACAAGACCAUGUUCUCUCUGAUCCUCCAGUGAUGUCGGUUUUAGGGCCGGACGAUUUUCCUUCGCUUGUUGUUGAUCUCAAUUCGUAUUCCGCCGUGCUCAUGAUCGCUCUCAGCCAAUUCUCCAAUUUUCGGAGAGCCAAGUGGCUCUUGUUCAAUUCUUUUGCUGAGCUCGAGGAGGAGAUCGUGAAAUGGAUGCGGAAUCAAUGGUCGAUUAUGAUCAUAGGACCAACGAUCCCGUCUGUUUACUUGGACAAGAGACUCGAAGAUGACAAAGAUUACGGACUCAGCCUCUUCGAACCCGAAGCAGAAGCUUGCCUCAAAUGGUUGGACUCGAAGCCGCCAAAAUCCGUUCUUUACGUAUCAUUCGGAAGCUUGGCCUCUCUCGGAGAAGAUCAAAUGGGAGAAUUAGCCAACGGACUCAAGAGAAUGAAGAGCAACUUUCUAUGGGUGGUGAGAGAAUCGGAGGAGAAGAAGCUCCCUUGCGAUUUCCUGCAAGAAGUGGGGAUCGAUGAUAAGGGCUUGGUGGUGAAGUGGUGCAAUCAACUCCAAGUGCUGAGCCACGGCUCAGUCGGUUGCUUCAUGACCCACUGCGGCUGGAACUCGACGCUCGAAGCGCUGAGCUUGGGUGUUCCCAUGGUGGCGAUGCCUCAGUGGACAGACCAGCCGACCAAUGCCACGUUCAUCGUUGAGGUGUGGAAGGUCGGCCUUAGGGUUAGGGCUAACGAGCACAGGGUCGUGGCCGGAGAAGAUAUCGCAAGUUGCGUGAACGAUAUCAUGGAAGGAGAGAGGGGGGAAGAGAUCAGGAAGAACUCGCUGAGGUGGAAAGAGAUGGCUAGAGAAGCAGUAGAUGAAGGAGGUAGUUCCGAUAUGGGCAUCCAAGAAUUUGUGAUAAACAUGGCUAAUUUGUGCACAUGAUGCAUAUUCACUUAAUCAUAUGCAAAAGAAAUAAGAUACGCAUCAAUUACGG